UAUUCAACUAUGUAAACCAUAUAAUAACAUUACCUAAAAAGUUAUAACGUUAGUCUGUUUCCCAGUGACCAUUUAAUGCAUUAAGUUAGUCCACAUGUGGCAAAAAGAACUGCAAUAGUCAUACCAUUGCAAUCCACGUGUCACAAACUCAUGCACGUCUUCAUAUUUACGCAGAAUAUUCGACACAGUGAUCAAUGUCAUCAUUUACAUUUUGCUGUGACACUAGUAAAUAAUUACUUUGUGUAAUUCCUACCUCAUCAAAACUCAUCGUUGAAAAUAUUUGAGUAUUGCAGGCUGUUAACAUAUCCUCGCCUGUUCCCCACCGCGCCGCCAUCUUACAACUCUGUAAAAAAAGUGAAUCAACUGCGGGCGCAGCACCCGGCUUUCAGACACGUGGUAUUUGCGUUCCCGGCAACUGAGCGGGAGUGUAGCCCAGCCCCCUGAGCUUACGUCACUUGGCGUAAUGCACAUUUCUUUGCAUACGUUUUUUCCACGAUGAAUAUUUGAGCACAAAAGGCUAAUGAGAUUUUAAAAUCUUUUUAAAACUCCUUUAUAAAUUCUACCCUGUCAAACAAUAUUUAAAAUGAUGCUUGCUAAUUGUUUUGUAAAAGUCUAACCCUCUUAUCUAUUAAUUUUAAUUGUGCAAGUACUAAAUUCCUCUUGGGAAAUCGAGAAUUUCUCAUUUGUUUUAUUUGUCUUAAAGAUAUAUUAGUCUGAGGCAGUGAAACGAGACAUUGUCAUGCUGCGCCAUGUCCAGGCUCAAGACUCUGGAGUUUAACUCAUUUUUGAACAGACCAACAAAACAGACAGAAGACAUAAAGAGUCAAAAAAAAGAGCAAAUAAAGUCUAAAUCUGCAGCCUCAUGGCCACCAACAACACCGCUAGCAUUGCCCAGGCUCGCAAACUGGUGGAGCAGCUCAAAAUGGAGGCCAAUAUAGACAGAAUAAAGGUCUCAAAAGCAGCAGCAGAUCUGACAUCAUAUUGUGAAGCUCAUGCUAAAGAAGAUCCACUGCUGUCUCCUGUGCCUGCAUCUGAGAAUCCAUUCAGAGAGAAAAAGUUCUUCUGUGCCAUCCUGUAACCGGUGCUGCCCAGCCAUGGACUCACCUGCUCCCUCUGGGAUAAACUCGUGGACAUAAAACAUGUUGAUCUUUUACAAGGGUUGAAGAAGUGCAGAGGAGAACCUUUAAAUUCUCCCGGUUCUCUAUGAGCCCUGAUUGUGCCACUGGCUCCACCGUGUGGCAUUGAGUUUCAAAGUUCAACAUGGUCACAAGAAUCUGUUGAAAUUGAGGAGGGAGAGCAGCAAAGAAGUGACUGUCAUUGUAGCAGAUCAGCCAGGAUGUGUUGUGAAAUUAUUAAAGUAUUCAAAGGUUUUUGUGGUUCUGAUAAGAUAUUCAAAUAAUUUGCUUUUUAUUGAAUUUUAGUGGGGUGUGAUCGAUAAUCUGAUCACCCAUCUUAAAAACACGUUGAUAAUUAAAGUGAUUGUGUUUUUAUUUUAUUUUAUUUUUAACGAUUGCUUUAUUUUUCAGAUACAAUUGCUGUAGGAUUACAAUUUAGGUAGCCGUCUGUAGCCAUUUGUGGGUACAGGAAAACCUUUUUUAUUUAAAGAAUGAUAGUUUAGUGAACUUUUAUAAUAAAUGAAGCAUAGAAAAAUAUUCUAUACUAAAUUCUGAUUGUGCAGCUUAUUGUUUUCUUUUGUUUUUAAAAGCAUAAUUCAAUUUAUACUCUUUGUACAAAAAAUGUUAGCUAGUUUAACCGUGCUGUGCUAUAUGCUUCAAAUAUUUGUGGUGAUAUCAAUAAUAACUGCAUGAAGUCUGACAAUGUGUGUCUUUUUCUUUCAAACUGAAAGAUUAAUGGAAAACAUGUAGGGGCAAUUUCCCAGACAGGUUUUUGAGUAAUCCAAGAAUAAGCAGUUUUAACAAUUAUAGCUUACAAAAAACAUUACUGGUGUGCAUCCUAAGACAAAACAAUUGGUAACACUUUACUUGAAGGGGUGUUCAAGACAUAACACCUUUAUAAUCAUGACGUGACAUGUGUCAUGAACAUAAAGAAGAUUUUUCAAGUUGUUAUGAUGUAUUGGUUAUUGUCAAGUUGUCAUAACAAAGAUAUAUCAAACAAAGUCAUAUUUGCAUUAAAAAUUACAUCAUUGAAAAAAUGACACUUAAUGACAGUUGUCAUAAAUGUGCAUAAAAUCUCCUUCAUGUUCAUGAUUCAUGUCAUGACAUGUCAAGUGUAAUGUUAUGAUUAUGAAGGUGUCAUGUCAGUCUUAUGAACACCCCUUCAAGUAAAGUGUUACCAAACAAUGGCACUGAUAGCCUAUAUGUUAAGAUAUGUCAGGGUAAGAUGUUUUUAAAUUAAGACAGUUCAAACAUGCAUUUUAGCCUGGGAAUAGGAUAAGCCCUAUAGUGUUCAGUAAGUAAUGUUUUAUGUUAUGUAAUCCGAUAGACCUUUGUAUUGGACUUACACUGACACCUACAGGUGUAGACGCAAUAUUUAACAUCUUAUGAAUUAAAACAAGGCUGUGUAAGCAUUCAA